AACUACUCCAUGAAAUGGGUGAAAUAAUGCACUUCCUCUCCCCCCAGCAGUGGGAAGGCAAGAGAGAUAUGAUGGUCCCUUACUACACAACCUUUGUGAGUGGGGCAACUUUGUGGGACAGAGGCAUUUACCAUCCUGCUCACAAUCGUCGCCAUGAGAGACCUUCAUUACUAUGCCCCAGGUUUACAGCUCACAUGAAAAUUUCACCUGGAAUCCUUGAGUCUCCCCAGAUGCUCAGUACCAAGUUCCGUGGCUUUCCAGUCAAACAGAUGAGUCAAAACAAAAAAAAAUUCCCAACUCAGAGAAACACCUGGAGAGAUACAGUCUGUUUUAGAAGAGGACAGAAACAGGUUGUGCAUACAAAUAUACCCAUUCACCGUGAAUAUAAAGUUCCAAAAUUACCUCCACCAAGUUUGGCUUCCAGCGAGGAAGAUCUGGCUGAGGCAAUUGUCCACACACCUACUCCAUCAGUUAGAAACCAGGAGACCUCUUUAACACAGACUAUUGGAUCAGAAGAAAAGAAAAAAGAAACUGAGCUCUUAUGGACUAACACAGAAAUUGACAAAGAUACAGAGUUGGAUGAGUUAGACAAGCUUCGGAACAGUGUUUCUCCAUUACUUUCUGAAACAGAACACACUCCCUCAGAUUUCAGUAGGCUGACUUCAAGUAUAAAGAGCAACCAGACGCUGUUCAGCUUUGAGAGAGAAACUGACUGGUCAGCAUGCUCGGAUACUACAUGUGAGGUCAGAUCUCAGACAUCCAAACUUAGCAGUGCUACACAAGAUGCAUUCAAUGAACCUGAGGGAAUUCAUCCACGAACAGGCUGGUCUUUGUCUCAGUGCAAUGAAAGGAACUCCUCUGAGGAAGACCUAUCAGAUCUCUCAGGACUUUCUAAAAGGGCUGCGUCUUUGAACAUUGGAUGUGUAAGUGAAGAUGAAUCACUAGCUGCAAUCAGGCUUUCCUUGUUGGAUCACCAGAGUUGGGAAAAGACAGGCCAAGAUGAAGGUAUUCAGAAUGAUGUCGAAGAAUGGUGCAAUGCCUCAGAAGACAUUUUGGGAUAUAAGAUGGAAAAUAUUAUUGGAUCUGCAGCCCUAGAUGCCAAUGGCUUCCUGCUUCAUCUUGCACCUGCCUUCUUGAAAGAAAACAAGACAUCAGAUACUUACUCAAAUAAUGGAAUAGCUGAUCAGCAGAGUAUCUACACAAUGACUGUUGGAAUGAAAUCACCAAAUACUCUGAGGAAUGAAGAAAAUUCUUUUUCUACUACUGAACUACACCCAAAUACAGACUUGGAAAUAAAAUCAUCUAUAGCUGGAGCUUCUUUGGUUGAAGACUGUUGUUUGUUCCCCCAGUUAACAGGCUUGAAUGAAACUGAAUCCAAGCUGGCGAGUAGGGACCCCAUCUCUGUUGGACACAUGCACAAGGCUCAGCAUGAUACAGUACUGAAAGAACCAGCGGAAGAGUCAAAUAAGGAUAUGGAUGGCUGUUGCAUUGGAGAUAAGAGGCCUGGAGAGUCCAGAACACCCAGUCAUGCAAAUAGAGGAAGACGUUCCAAUCUGGACCACACCAUUCUGCUGGGAAUGGACCAACAACGAAAAGCUGAGGGAAGACAAGCUCAAGCCUUACACAUUUACUCAAAACUCCAGGAGACUCAAAUUCCUGCAUUCCAAGCACCUGAGACUAGAACUAUCUCCAACUUCGAAGAUUUCGACUUUUUGGCAAAAUACUGCAUCUUCAGCCAGGAGAAGUUGGCUAAGUACAAAAGGGCUUUUGAAGCAAAAAAAGGUAGCGACCAUGCAGGCAGGUGCCGAAAGCAAUGA